GGCCGAAGAGUGAAUCUACAGAUCUACAAAACCACGGUGGCGCGCUCCUCCAGGACAAGGUCCAGGCUUCCUCCUCAGGCAGUCCCCAGGUAGACCAACUUCAAGCACACGCAAGCUUCAGGUGUCCGGCCCAACUUCAUCUCUAGCUUUCAGGCAGAGUCACCAGCUCCACCAGCUUUCUCAGAAAUAAGGGUCAAAGUCUAGGUUUCCUCGCCACCAGACGCAAAGAUGAAGUUCAACGCCGUCCUCGCCCUCUCGGCCCUGACCCAGACCGCCCUCGCCUUCAACGGCGAGUUCAGCGUGCUGUCCAUGAACGUCGUCGGCCUCCCCGCCAUCCUUCAGGGCAACGACGUGCCCGGCGACAGGUCGGUCAACACCCGGCUGAUCGGACAAAAGUUCUCCGAGCUCGGCCUCGACAUUAUCAACGUGCAGGAGGACUUCAACUACCACGCCAAGCUGUACGAGGGCAACAGCCACCCGCACCGCACCGCCACCACGGGCGGCGUGCCCUUCGGGUCCGGCCUCAACACCAUGUCCAACUUCCCCUGGGCCGACUUCCAGCGCGUCAAGUGGGACGUGUGCUCCAACGCCUCGGGCGCCGACUGCCUGACGCCCAAGGGCUUCACCUUUAUGCGCGUGCGCAUCGCCGGCGAAGGGUCCGCCGCCGUCUACGCCGACGUGUACAACCUGCACACCGACGCGGGCACCGAGCCCGACGACCUCAAGGCCCGCACCAGCAACAUGCGCCAGGUGGCCGCCCACAUCCAGAAGAACUCGGUCGGCAACCCGGUCAUCGUCUUUGGCGACACCAACAGCCGCUACAGCCGCGUCAACGACGUGGGCCUGCGCGAGCUCAUCGGCAGCCAGAACCCGUCCGGCCCGGGGCUCAAGGACGCCUGGGUCGAGCUCCAGCGGGGCGGCGUCACCCCCACCGAGGAGUCGCUCUGCUCCAACCCCAGCACCACCGACUCUUGCGAGACGGUCGACAAGAUCUUCUUCCGCGGCUCCCCCUUGCUCGACCUCAAGGCCACCGCCUGGAGCUACUACUCGACCCGCUUCCUGCAGCCCGACGGCAACAUCCUCUCGGACCACAACCCCGUCUUCGCCCGCCUGGCCUACUCGUCCGCCCAGCGCCUGCAGCAGUCCGACUUCGUCGGCGGGCCCCACGGGAACUGGUACAGCGACGUGCCGGCCCUGGUGCUGCAGCCCAAGCCCAAGACGAGCCGCAUCGUCCUGCGCGGGAACAAGCGCGUGGACAGCGUCGGCGUGCAGCUGGCCGACGGCACGACGCUGCGCCACGGCGGCGGCGGCGGCGACGAGCGCGCCCUCGACCUGGCCGCCGGCGAGUUCUGGACCGCCACCACCAUGUGCCAGGCGCAGCGCAGCGGCCGCACGCGCGUCUUUUACCUCAAGGCGACCACCAGCAAGGGCAGGACCGUCGAGACGGGCAACCGCGAGGGCGACUGCUUCGACUACGCAGCCCCGGCGGGCUGGCAGGUCGUCGGCUUCGCCGGCAGCGACGGCGACGAGAUGGACCGCAUCGCCCUGGUCUACGCCCGGCAGUAAGGCAGAGUGAAGUAGCCUUUGGGUGUGUAGGUAUGUGGGUAUGUGGGUAUGUGGGUGUAUGGGUGUAUGGGUGUAUGGGCCUGUGUGUGCGCCGCUGUUUUGUUGCUUGGCGUGGGGACAACAGGCCCCUGCAAAUUUCACGACAUGACGCUUCUCUUUAAUGCCGGGAUGCAAGGCACUGUAGCCGAGCAAGCUCAGCUGUGCGGUUGGCACCAACUGCCUCCGUUUACGCAAUUCUUAAUUCCUUGUACAUAUUACCCAUUCCAACUCCCGAGUAAAUAACAUGGCAGAUAUGCAAUUCCGACCCCUUGCAUUUCCCCG